CCGUCAUUCAAAUGCAACCGAAAGCACCGAAAGCCAAUUUCUCACAAUCAUCUCUUUCUCUCUUGUCCUGUGCCUCCCCUCCUCACAGAAAGAACAAAAGGCACUACAUCGUACCUGGUACUGGUAAUAACAAUACAAUAGACCAUGACAAACUCAUUUCAUCACCAUUCUAGCGAACAUCGCAGACUCCUGCGACGAAUCUUGAAUGGCGAACAAGAACAAACCACAAAGACAAGCAACAAGAAGAAACCCACUCUCAUUGAGAAACUCCACGAGAACAACCCCAACUUUCAAGAGCUCAAGUUGAGCAGCAUUCAUGCCAACACGUUGGACCGUACCAGUCUGUUUCGUGCCAUGCAACAAAACAAGACUGUGAAAACAGCUCGCAUUCAUGGAUUCUUUGUGCAAAAGUUGACAGAGCAAGAACAGCAGCGUCUGUGGGACACCAUCGGUGGUGACAUGCCUCAAUUGUUGGAAACCUUGCAUUGCAACUACUUUCUCGAUUUCCCACUCCAGACAAUCCACUUGAAUACGGUUCUAAGCCGUGCUGUUCAUUUGACUAAGCUCUCUAUCCAUGAUACAAUCUUGUCCAACACCACAACCGGCAGUAUUCUGGACGCUGUGUCCUUGAAACAGCAUGUCAAUCUGACAAGCAUUGUUGUUUCACAACUCUAUCUGGAUCGUAACAACAACAAUAGCAGCAGCAACAACAGCGCGAAUAUCUUGAAUUCGUUUGUGGCCAUGUGUACCACAGCACCCAAUCUGCAAAAACUCAUCGUUCGAAUGGCACUCCAAGAAGGAACCGACAGCCUCUUGUCCUGCAAAACACUGGAAUCACUGGCGCAAACUAACCUGGUCACAUUGGAACUACGACGAAUGGUCCACAGCAACUACCAUUUGAGUAGUCUAAUGAAUCAUCAUCUAGCUCACAAGACCAACCCCACUGGAAUGAGCCACUCUCUAAAGGAACUCGUGCUGCACGGCGAAAACCAACUCAACGAGUCAGCCUGUAUGGCAAUGGCACAUGUGCUCCAAGAGAAUUCCGUGUUGGAACGACUCGAGCUGUGGGGAUCCAACGUCGACGAAGCUGGUUUCUUGGCCAUUGCCAAAGCCUUGAAAUCCAAUCGUAGGCUCAAGACGUUGUACCUCAGUCAUGACAACAUUCUAAGCAACAAGAAUCACCGACAAGCGAUUCUGGAAAUGUUGCAACACAAUGUGUUUCUAGAAUCCAUGUUCCUGCGGGGCAAUUGCCACCAACACUGGGAGUUUCUUCAAACCAUGGACUUUUAUCUCCAGAUGAACACCACGUACAUUCGACGGUUGCUUCUCCAUGUCAAUGUCAACAAGGAACAGAUCCUGGACAAACUGAAUACCCACAGUAGCAACUUGGACUAUCUCUUUCACAUACUACGAGGCAAUCCUGGAUUCAUUCUUUCCCAAGAAUGCAAGCAAGCUGGUCCAUGAGGAUGACAGAAGAACUCAGCAGGCAAAAAUGGCACCAGAUUCCAUUCCACGGUACUCUUUUUUGUUUGUCUCUACAGUACUAGCUAGCUGGUUCAGCUACGGUAAUCUUAAAACUACAACUUCUCUCAAACAAUUGUCGUACGGUAUGCUGGUACUUUUUCGUCACUGUGACAAGCCACAAACCAGGAGGUACUGGUACCGCAGAUAGCAACACUUGUCAUGCAUUGAGGUAGAAUAAACACGAAACAAAGUAAAUAGCUCCACAGACAAACCACGAAUCCAAUCACCAUCACCCCUCAUUGGU